GUGUGUGUGUGUGUGUGUGUGUACACGUCAAGGGGAAGUAUAUGUGUGUGGGGGGAAAAGGGGGUGUCUGACCAGGACUUUGUAAGUGGCCAAGACCUAUUGCCCUGACUAGAAGGGUGGGAAUAUUAAGGAGGGGGCGUAGCCUGGGGGGAGGUGUGAGAGAGUGACAGCAAGAGAGAGAGAGACACAGAGAGACAGAGACAGAGACACAGAGAAAAAGAGACACAGAGACACAGAGGCUGAGAAGGGUAACGGGGAGGGGACGCGCGCGCGCGUGAGUGUGUCUGUGGGUGCCCGGAGCAGCGGCGGCUGGAGUGGCGGCCCUGGCUGUCUACUGCCUUGUUUGUGCGGCUGCUUCCUGAUCAUGUGGAGCCUCUGCUGCUGCUGCUGCUGCUGCUGCUGCCUCCACCGUCGCCGCUGCUCUGCUGCUGCUGCGGCGGCGGCGGCGGCUGCCCGGUGCCUGGCUAGCACUCGGUUCUGGGGGGUGGGGGAAGGCUUUUCGCUGGUGCCGGCUACACGUUACUCGGGAGAGAGCGUAAGAGAGUAGUAGAGGAGCUGGUGGCCGCGGGGCAAGUCCUGCCCCCGUGCCUAGAGUGAAAGGGUUGUGUGGUUGCUGAGAGGGUGAAUGAAGCCAGGAGGAGGGGAAGGAGAAGGAGGAGGCGCUGCAGGGAUUGGGAUGCGCCCAGUAGCCCCGCUGUUCACUCAGGGCCGGGCCAGGCCGGAGACACCAUCACCACUACCACUACCACAGCCUCCUACUUGUUCCAGUGCUGACUGCAUCACAAGGCAAGCCAGCAGGGUGGUCCAUUCAGACUUUGGAUUUAUUCAUGGUCUUUGUACAGCAGUCCCUUCUCCCAUCAUCACUACUGGGAAGCAUACUAUAAAUCAGGGCAUUAAUAUGUUUAGCAGUCUAUCAUGAAGGCAAAAUGGGAUCUAUCAGUCUGUGAAAGCAAGAAUAUUGGAGCACAAUGAAAGAGUUUAUUCCCAGGCCUCAGGAGAAAUUCAGCUGUAUCCAGUAAGGAGGAGAGCAAGGAUAGAAAAGAGCUCCACGAAUGAAAAAUACAUGAUUUUAGAUCUGGGCAGUUGAUAUUUAUUGAAUUUCCCUUCCAUCACUGCUUUCUACUCAAGCAGCAUCUUCCUGAAAAGACCUUCCAGGGAGAAAGAAUUCACUGUUGAUGUUCCCACCCUCUUCAUCGUGAUGAAAGCACAUGAUACAGUUUUCCAAAGAAGUUAAACCUGUUCCUUGGUGAAAAGAAGCAACGUGCUUUUUCCAUAAGGAUUUUUCUCACUUUCUUAUGAAAGAGAAAAAGCACCUGAACCUAUGAGCAAUCCAGUAACUUCUGAAAAAUCUCCGUGGUGAAGAAUAAGCCAGGACAACCUGCAAAAGAACACAGUCAAUGUUGAUUCCAUUGUAUAGGCCCAUAAGACAUAAGAAGACCUGAAAGUGAAGAGAGGGCAGUGGAGUGUGUGGAUGGUUGCAGUGGAGGGAGGAGAAUCCAGAGCAGCUGUUGGAAGAUUGUGCUCCUAGGGAGAUGAUUCCUCAUGAAGUCUCUGGAUCCCCUUCAGAAAUCAAAUGCGACUUUCCAUUUACCAGACUGAAACCAGAAUUAGCCAGACAGUGAAGCAGUCACAGUGGAGGGGGGACGGCGAAAAAUGAAAUCCAACCAAGAACGGAGCAACGAAUGCUUGCCUCCCAAAAAACGUGAGAUUCCUGCCACUAGCCGGCCAUCGGAGGAGAAGCCAGUGGUCGUGCCAAAUGACAACCACAGGGCCGAGAGCUUAACAUGGCUACCCAGCACUCAGAGUGGACAAGGCAACAUGGGGGGGAGGCCUGGGCCUGGGGGGACCUCGACAGCAGAGCUUGGUUUACAGCAGGGAAUAGGUUUACACAAAUCACUGUCCACAGGGAUGGAUUACUCUCCACCCAGUGCCCCCAGGUCUGUUCCAGCCACUACCACGCUCCCUGCGGUUUAUCCUCCCCCGCAGUCAGGGACCCCCGUGUCCCCUGUGCAGUACACACACUUGCCGCACACUUUCCAGUUCAUUGGGUCCUCCCAGUAUAGCGGGCCCUAUGCUGGCUUCAUCCCCUCCCAGCUGAUCUCCCCUCCAGCCAACCCUGCCACCAGUGGCGUGGCCUCCGCCGCCGUGGCCACCACGCCAUCGCAGCGCUCCCACCUGGAGGCCUAUUCCACUCUGCUAGCCAACGUGGGCAGCUUGAGCCAGCAGCCAGGGCACAAGGUUGAGCAGCAACAGCAUUUGAUCAGGACUCCAGGGCUUAUCACGGCAGGAUCCCCACCACCUACCCAACAGAACCAAUAUGUCCAUAUUUCCAGCUCUCCCCAGAGUGCUGGGCGUACCAUGUCCCCUCCAGCCAUCCCAGUCCACCUGCAUCCCCAUCAGACGAUGAUCCCCCACACACUCACCCUGGGGCCUUCCUCUCAGGUGGUGGUGCAAUACACAGACUCUGGUGGUCAUUUUGUUCCCCGGGAAUCCACUAAGAAGGCGGACAGCAGCAGGCUACAGCAGGCCAUGCAGGCCAAGGAGAUGCUGAAUGGAGAGAUGGAGAAGAGCCGGAGAUACGGGGUCCCCUCCUCGGCAGACCUGGGCCUCAUGAAGGCAGGUGGGAAGGCGGCCUCUCACCACUAUGAAACCAGACACGUCGUGGUCCACUCAGGCCCCGCCGACUACAGCACCCGCGACGCCUCGGGCGCGCGGACCUCCGUGAUGGUCCUCCCCAGCAGCAACACACCCACCACAGACAUGGAAGUCCAACAGGUCACUCACCGAGAGGCCUCCCCGUCCACCCUCAACGACAAGAGCAGCCUCCACCUGGGGAAGCCCAGCCACCGGUCUUACGCUCUGUCCCCGCAGCAGGCUCUGGGCCCCGAGGGCGUGAAGGCCGCCGUGGCCACUCUGUCCCCACACACUGUCAUCCAGACCACCCACAGUGCUUCAGACCCUCUCCCCGUUGGACUUCCGGCCUUCUAUGCAGGGACUCAGCCACCCGUCAUCGGCUACCUGAGCAGCCAACAACAAGCAAUCAGUUACGCCGGCAACCUGCCACAACACCUGGUGAUCCCCGGGACCCAGCCUCUGCUCAUCCCCGUGGGCGGCGCUGACAUGGAGCCGUCCGGGGUAGCCCCUGCGAUCGUCACUUCCUCUCCACAGUUUGCAGCAGUGCCUCAUACAUUUGUCACUACCACCAUUCCCAAGAGCGAGAAUUUCAGCGCCGAGUCCCUGGCCACUCAGGCAGCCUACCCAGCCAUGGUGCAGGCCCAGAUCCACCUCCCUGUGGUCCAGUCCAUUGCAUCUUCCACAGCUGUUCCCCCAACACUGCCCCCUUAUUUCAUGAAAGGGUCAAUCAUCCAGCUGGCCAAUGGAGAGCUAAAGAAGGUAGAGGACUUGAAAACAGAAGACUUCAUCCAGAGUGCUGAGAUUAGCAACGACCUGAAAAUAGACUCCAGCACCGUGGAAAGGAUUGAAGACAGUCCUACCCCAGGCAUUGCAGUGAUCCAGUUUGCAGUGGGAGAACAUCGAGCACAGGUCAGUGUUGAAGUCUUGGUAGAAUAUCCUUUUUUUGUAUUUGGACAAGGCUGGUCAUCAUGCUGCCCCGAGAGAACCAGCCAGCUCUUUGAUUUGCCAUGUUCCAAACUCUCAGUCGGGGAUGUCUGCAUCUCGCUCACCCUCAAAAACCUGAAGAAUGGCUCUGUUAAAAAGGGCCAGCCCAUGGAUUCAGCCAGCAUCUUGCUGAAGCAUUCAAAGAAUGACAGUCUAGGAGGAAGUAGACACAGGUAUGCUGAGCAGGAAAAUGGGAUUAAUCAGGGAAGUUCACAGAUGCUAGCUGAGAACGGGGAACUAAAGUUUCCAGACAAAAUAGGAUUGCCUGCAGCACCCUUGCUCACCAAAACAGAACCCAGCAAGCCCGUGGCAACGAGGAAGAGGAGGUGGUCUGCACCUGAAACACGGAAACUUGAGAAAUCAGAUGAGGAGCCGCCUUUGACUCUUCCCAAGCCUUCUUUUAUUCCUCAGGAGGUUAAGAUUUGCAUUGAAGGUCGAUCUAAUGUAGGCAAGUAAAGGCGCUUUGGGGGAAAGGAAAUUAGGCUCUCCCUUGUCAUUUUUAUCCAGAUUACUGUACUGUAGGCUAAAUAACCCAGUAUUUACAUGUUAUCAUCUUAUUUUAGGUUUAUGUUAUAACCUUGUUGUUAUAGUUGCAUCUGGUUUUAUGCAGGAGACUGGUGCAUUUUUUUUUUUCCACAAACGUUUGUUGGUGAUUAGGUUGGUUGGGAGCUAAGGCAGGGGCUGUCUAGGCUCCCCAUAUCUAUUUAAUGGAAACAAACAUGGCAUCCGUCCUGGCUCCUGCCUUUUUUCUGACAGUGCAGAAACACCUGGUGUCCAGCUGACUUCUGCUGAUUCUUUCUCAUGAGGCCACGGAAAGGGAAUUAGAAUGGAAGAAUCAGAGUGAGUGUGUGAGAAUGUGUGCUUCUGCUUGUAUGUAUCUGUGUGUGUGUGUGUGUCUGUGUGUGUGUGCAUGUGUAUGGAUGCAGAUGUAAGCAGUUAUCUCUUUCUCUCUGCCUCUCUCUGUCUCUCUCACUCACAGCAUGAAAUUAAAGCUCCAUCGCAAUUGUCAUUAUGAGAUCCUCACACACAAAAUCAACAUUAGGAACCCAGCUUUAAGGCAUCUUCAAGAAGCAUCAGGCAGGAAGCAAAUAGUUUAAAAUCACAUUUCUCUUCAACUUAUUUUACAAUGAAAAUGACUUUUAAUCCAAUAAAUAUAUAUCUAUAUAUAAACAAAUAUUUUCCCCCAUGGGGCCUGACUGCACUGAUAUUUUUCAUAGAGCAACUGCCACAUGUGGAUUCCAUUUCUGCUUUGCUAAUGACAUUGCAAGGGUGUACCUUCACGAAAAAAAAAUCUGGUCCUCCUCUUACAUUGUUGAGGUUGGGUUGGGUUGGGUUUUCUCCUAAGGAAAAUGGAGAAAGAGGUAGUGGUACACUCUAUCGAGCUGCCAGCACAGGCUUACUCUCAGUUUCCAUGUAGUGUUAGAAAAGCAGAUCGGGUUUUCCAUGGACAUUUGCUUCUAAGAGGUAGAUAAUGUCUUGCCCCUUCAACAGAAUGCAAACCGAAUCUGUUUGCACUUCAGUUGGCAAAUCUUUUGUCUUUCUUGACUCUAGUACUGUUUAUAGUUCAUGAUUAUGGACGACCCGGUGCCACUCUUUCAGAUUUCAGUGUGACACAUAAAAUGGUAUGUGGAAAAUGAACAGAAUGUCUUUAAGAACCUAAAAUGCUAUUCACACUUUAUUCCCGAGCAUCUUGGUCUAUCACUCAACUAGUACUGUAUCUCACUUUUCAUCUGUUUGGGAAGAAAAACAAAUACACGGAGAAGUUAUUUUCCCAUCCCUCUCUGCCCCCAACACUGUCAACUCUAGUACAGUUAGGGAGAGUUUCUCAUAAGCAAGAUGUUGAAAGUUUUUAUGUGAUUUAAAGGGAUGAAUGUGAAUUAUGAACCAGCAUGUGACAGUAAAUGUCCACCAUGGGCAACUUGAAAGGAGUGCUUUUAAGCUCUGAUGCUUGAGAAAGAAUAAAAUGCAGAGCUGACAGAAAAUCAGAGAAAAUGAGAGAAAAGGGAUAGAGGAAAAAUACUCAUUUUUGUCCAGUGUUUUUUUUUUUUUUUUAAAGAAUUGACUUUAAAGAGUCUUGCAAUUUGCACAUCUUGAGUUUAUCAUUUAUGUAGUGUUCCUUCAGUUUUUAUCCAAUAAUAUUAUGGGAAAGGGAGGGGGCUGAAAGAGCAUAAAUAAAUGUAGCAAUUUCUUUCUAA